GAGAGAGAGGGGGUGGUAGUGGCGAUAGUGGUGGUGGUGUUAGUCAGGCUCUCUUGGUCUCAGUCUCUCCGCGGCCUUAGUUGUGGUAGGGCGCGUGUCUUGAUAAGAGUGUCCAGCCAGCCAAUCCCCUGCGAUUGUUGCAAAAACUGUGGUGUUGGAACAGAAUCCGCCAAUCACGUACUGGCGCUGAAAACAAACUGACCAAUCACAUGCUGGUAUUGAAAAUGAACAAAAGAAACUGACCAAUCACGUGUUAGUGUCUUUAAAUCCUGACCAAUCACGUGAUAGUGACUCGGAACACUGCUCAGUCACGUGCCACCAUUGGAAAGAAAUCCACCAAUAACAUUCUCCCAUUAAAAAGAAAACGAGCACCAGGACCACCGCCACCCAAUCACGUCAAGCAAUUCUGAAAGCCUCCGCCAAUCAAGUAAUCCCGCCGCCACAAACCAGCCAAUCAAAGAGCUGAAAAUCCAACAGAAAACGGAGUAAACAAAAAAAGGAAAAAGAAAAUGAACUAGAAAAUAAAUAAAUAAAGGAAAACAAAACUCAAAUUAAAGAAAAAAAGAAAAAAGGAUUAAAAAAAUCACAGCAAACAAACAACAAACAAAAAAAUAAUAAUAAAAAUAAAUAAAUAAAUAAAUAAAAUAUAAAAAAUAAAUAAAAUAGAAAAAAAUAAAUAUAAGUAAAUAAUUAAAUAUAAUAAAGCAAACAAAACAAAAUAACAAAAAAAAGUAAAAAAAAAAAAUACAACUAUAAUGACCACUUUCUAACCUGACCUGACCUAACGUGACCUCAAAAAACACAUCAUGAAAGUGCGGGCGUGCAGCAUGGGCGUGGCGGCGACGGAGGGGUGUGGUGGCGGUGGCGGUGGUGGUGGUGGUGUGGGCGUAAAGGGGCGUGACCUUGACCUGGGCGGGCGCGGGGUCACGGGCAUCGCCAAGGUCAGGUUUUCAGUGCCCUCUAUGGAGUUUGUGUGGGAGACUGACCCCGAUGGCGGCAAGAAGGUGGACGUUCCUGAUGGGCAUGGACGGGGAGCCCAUGGUGGUGGUGCUGGGCGGCGAGGACGGCGCCAACAGGGAGGACGUGGACUCCAUACUGGAGGAGAGGGCCAAAAGGCAGGCAGACCUCGAGGCUGACAUGCUCAAGCGCGCGGCCGAGGAGGAGCUGGACAAGCUGGUGAGGCUGAGCAGGUCCACCGUGGAGGCCAUGGAGGAGGAGGCCAUCAGGACAGCGCAGACCAAGGUGCGGGACCCGACAAGGGAGGCGGUGGUGAGGUCACUGCAGGAGGCCACUGUGGAGAUGGAGGGGCAGAUACAGGCCCUAGAGGAGGCAGAGGCACAACAGCGGAAGCUCUCCUCCUCUUCCACCUCCUCAUCAUCCAGUGGGGCCUCCUCUCCUUCAUCACCCUCUCCAUCCUCCUCUGUGUCCUCCUCCUCCUCCUCCUCCUCCUCCUCCUCCUCCUCCUCCUCCUCCUCGGGAAUUGGCAGCAUUGGAAGCCCACGUCUGGCCUUGUCCUCCUCCCCUUCCACAUCCUCCCUGUCCUCCUUGUCCUCCUUCGCCUCCUCACAACCACCCUCACCACCAGCCUUCACUAUAACCACAUACGGCACCACCACCUCCUUCACCACCACCUCAAGGCGCCUGGGUAGUGCUCCUGUGGGAGUGUCCAUGUGGGAGGCAGUCAACAGGGCCUCACAGUUCCCUGCCACCACUGCAACAUCCACCACCUCUAACACAGCCUCUUCCACUUCUGCCUCUAACUCAUGUAAUCUCGGCAGCACAGUCAAGCCUCCUAUCCUGUCUCCCAAACCCACUGUCACCACACACACUAAUGGUACUCAAUCUGCCAACCCACCACAGACACUCAGAACAUCCCAGCCCUUCCCAUCGCCUCCAUCUUCCCUCUCCUCUACCACCUCCAGUCUCUCCUCGUCCUCCUCUGCCACCUCCCCCUCCUCUCCCACACCAGUACCAACAGGAGAGGCAGUGGAGGGGGCAUUGGAAGAGGUGGCUUCUCCAGCUUCAUCUGUGGUUGGCGUGGCUGCUCAAAUCCGGCGGUUUGAGCAGCUGUCUGAGGGGUCGCUAGAGGCUCUCAAGACAGCCACACUGGAGCGGGCAAAGAAGAGGAGGGAGCGGGAGAUCCUGGAGCACCUUAGGAGCCAAGUGGAAGCAGCCAGGCAACAGGCAGCAUCCACAGACCCAGAAAUAGCCAGCAGACAGCAGCAGGCAGCAGAGAAGGAUGACAUUGCCUGGCAGGAACAAGAGCGUAAGGCGAAGGAGGCGGAGCGUAGGAUACGGGAGAUAGCUCGGCGAGCAAGGGAGGAACACCGACGGGCAUCCCACAACACGCCACCUGCCUCCCCGCCCAUCACUGCACUCAACUACAACCUCAACGGCUUCACCCGCCUUGCCAACGGCAUCAAUGGCACCACACUCGCCGGCACUCAUCCGGCCGGCGACAUCAAUGGCAAUGUCAACAGUGUGGCUGAUGACAUCAGCAACAACAACAACGACAGUAUCAGUUUGAAGAAGUACAGUAGUAGCAGCAGCAGCAGCAGCCUCGGCAGCCCUGGUGUGGAGGGCGUGUGUAUGCGGCAGAGACUCAGGCCACCCAAACCUCCAUGUCGUGCUGCCAUCAUCACCUGGUUCAGGGACGAGGAGCUGUCCCGAGGUGCUGGCCUGGACCCCAUGUGCUCCCGCAUUGCCCCCUGGUUCCAUGGUAUUAUCAGCCGGACAGAGGCAGAGGAUGUGCUGUCGGAGGCAGGCAUCGGCUGCUUCCUGGUGCGGGUGAGUGAGCGCAUCUGGGGCUACGCCAUCUCCUACCGCGCCCCUGACCGUUGCCGCCACUACCUCAUUGAUGUCACCGGUGGCAGGUACACCUUCUUUGGCUCCCACCAGGCGUCACACAACACACUGGGUGACCUAAUUGAGCACCACAAAAGGGAGCCCAUCACCGUCAGCGGAGGGGAGUUGCUCACCCGCCCCUGUGGACAGCUGCACCCAAGGAACCCAGACUACCGGGAGCUGUUUGCUGGCACCCCCUACAUGCCCGCCUAGUGCUGCCCCAACCCUUCCUGAUGGGGAGCAAGAGCAGCUGUGUGUGCACGUGUUAGGAGUGGUGACAGGACUGGGUUAGGAUGUGAUCUAUGUAAUCCGUUUUAUUUGGUUUCUCACUUGUUUUUUCUAUUUUUUGGGGGUUAUGAAGGACCAUGGGGAUUUUGAUGUCUCAUAUGUUUUCUGUCUCUGUCUUUGUCUCUGUCUCUAUCUCUUUCUUUCUCUCUGUGUCACUGUCUCUUUCUGUCCAAGGAAAAAAGAAAAGAGAGACAUCACACUCCUGGCCCUGACCUGCUUCACCACGGCAGCACAGACGGCUGCCUGUACCAUAGACGUGCUGAGUUACACUGGGGUAAUUUUGUCCCUGCAACUUGUAUUGUACAUUAUUGUCAUCUUCAUUAUCAGUUUUUUUUGUAUAAUAUUACCAUUACAUUUGUAAACAAAAACAUGUAAACAUAUUUUUCUUCUAAAUAAGGAACUCAGUAACUCUGUAGUAAUCAGCAGUAUUUACUUUAUUUUAUCAGUUUCUUUGUAAAGUUGUUAUAUAUUUUAUAUUUAGUACUAAUCAUGGUGGCCUGGUGGUGUGGGAGGAGGCACACUUGGUUCACAGCUGAGAAGACCUGGAUUCACAUUCUAGGAUGGCUGGAGACAGCUUGGGUGUUGUGACCCUGCAGCUCAGUGAGGGUGGAAGACCAGUAGCCCUGCCCUCCUAUGUGUGUGUGUGUGUGUGUGUGUGUGUGUGUGUGUGUGCUUGGUUAUGCAAGAGUGGGAAGGCAACAUUCUUACUCCUCUGUGUGUGUGUGUGUGUGUGUGUGUGUGUGUGUGUGUGUGCGCAUACCCUUGCUACAAGAAACCAGAAAUAGUGUAUACCAUCUCCUAAGGGAUAAACAGGAAAAGAUAUACAGUGCAUUAUGUGAAAAACAAUUAAUCAUUACUUACUAAUAACUUUCACUCAGUCACAUGCUCAGGUUUUCAUUUCAUAGUUUCUGUCAUCUUAUUCAUUUUCUUCCUGUGUUUUAAAAUGUAUCUGUUAUGAGGGAUAAAGUGAUGCCAUUACAGAGAUAAAGCAGAGGCCUCACUCACCUCACACUGGAGGCCGAUGAGGUGAUUAUUUGUUUGUCGUACUAUUGUUUUUGUCUCAGAAAUAUUCAAUAUAAAUUUCCAACUGUUAAUUAAGCAUUCCUCAUUGUACACAUAGAAUAUAGGAAGUUUAACAUCUUUUCUGUAGUUUCUUAAGUUCAAAUAAUGUAUAUAGAUUAUUAGUUGUAAAAUGUAUAGUUUUUCUUACCUUAAGUGAUAAUGUACUGUACAUAUUGUAACAGAUGUAUGCAUUCCUUAGAUUUAUUCAGUGAGUGAGACAAAAGUAUGCUGGAAAAUUUAUAUAUAUAUAUAUAUAUAUAUAUAUAUAUAUAUAUAUAUAUAUAUAUAUAUAUAUAUAUAUAUAUAUAUAUAUAUAUAUAUAUAUAUAUAUAUAUAUAUAUAUAUAUAUAUAUAUAUAUAUAUAUAUAUAUAUAUAUAUAUAUAUAUAUACACAAAACUGAACAACUGCAGCAGUUUAUCAUUGUAAAUACUAUAUAAUAAAGAAAGUACAUACAUGUAUUAAACUAUAAAUAGUAAAGAAAGUAGUAAUUGUAUUAAAAACCUACAGCCAUUAUGUUACUGUAUCAUAUUUGUUGGCAUCCACUGCAGCAGAGGAUGGUGGAUUGCUGGGAAGUGAUGGCAGUGGAUACAGUUUUUGUUUUUGCUUAAUCUUUAUUUGCAUGGAUAAACCAUUACAAUGCUUUUUGAAAGACUGACACAUUAUAAAGCACGUGACCUAUCAUUAAUGAAAUACUCACUGUUCUUGGUGUUUUAUAGAUGCAUAGCUGAGGCAUUCAGAAAAGUUUGGCAGUGGCAGAUUUAGGGAUUUUUAUUGAGUGUUCAAACAGCAUUGCACUUCUCAGAUCCCCUGCUGAAUAAAAACUUUUUAAACAGAUUGUCAUUGUAUCAAUAACUCUAUAGUUAUCAUUGUCUUUGCAUUACUCUUCAUGCAUGUUAAACAAUGUCAGACAAAGCAGAUGUUUCCAUGAAGAUGUCUUUGGUACAGGUGCAUUCCCUGUCAGAAUGUUAUUAUUAGGAGCAUCAGUGUGUAUUUUUCAUGUGUGUAGGUAGCAUUCCCUAUCUUAUUGUGUUGUUGGUGUAUUAAUACCAUUAUUGAGAGUAUGUCUAGUCUUUUUUCUGAUGAUAGUCUUCAUUUUAUGCAGCUCAUUGAAAGGAGUGGAUUGUUUGAUUCAAGGACUGUACUGAAGUCUUUCUGUUUCACUUAUCCAAAAUUUAAGGUUUUGUGCAUAUCGAUACAAUUACAAAUGCAGAGAUUCAAAGGCAUUCUGUUGCCUGACAGUCUGUUUUCAUUCCACUUCUCAGAAAUCCAGCAUUUCUUAAUUAGUUACGUGCAUACAUGCCGAAACGCAGGAAUGUCAGAUUUUGAGUGCAUGUUGUUUGUUGGGAGACCACAGUCCCACUCUGACAAACCUUCUAGUAGGAGACUUAAGACCGCUUGAGCAUCCAAUGCUUCUAGAUGCUAUGUACUUCACAGUAAAUACCAUGAAGGUAAAUAAAGAAUAAUCUUUACUGCAUCCCUGAAGGGUCAUCAGAUGUUCUCUGACAGGUCUUAAAGAAAUUUUAAAGUUGGGAGUUUGAAAUCAGCUGGAAGUUUUCUACUAUUACAUAUACAAUGUGUAUUAAAAUGUGUGUUUUUUUUUUUUUUUUUGUCAUAUACAGUAGUUCCUGGCAUCAUUACUGCAGUUGUCACUACUUAGCAUUGAACAUGAGAAUCACAAGGUUGGGACCAUAGAGAAUAUCAUGUUGUGGUUAGGGACUGAGAAAAGAACAAGGUUGAGAACUGCUGCUUUAUAUAGCAAUCCUGUACAGCUGUAGUAGGUGAGUGGCAGGCAGUAUGAGCUAUAGACAGACAGUACAAGUCGGAGCACUGAUAAAGAGUCGCCUCAGCCUACAGAAGUGUACUGCAAGAAUAAAUUCAAGAAGUUC